CUGUGAUGAUUUGCAUUUGUUUUUGCAAAAUAUUGACAUAAAUUAAUACUUAAUACUUUCAUAUAUACAGAAAUACAUACUUACAUAUGGACUGCUCAUGAGCAUUGCUAAUCAUGUUAAUGAGCAAGAAUCUGUAAUUUCAAGUAUUCAGUUAGUCAAAGUACAAACGUAUGACGUGAGCGUUUAAAAAAACUUGAAGCUGCUUAAGUGUACUUGAUUCCUCGUAGCACUGGCCAAGUAAACGAAAACCUGAUAAUUUCGAAUAAACAAACAGCAAAUACAACAACACUAUGACUUAUGAGAUAAGUAACUAGCGCGAAGUGCUCAGCUUUCAGCACGACGCUGCUUAACUACUGGCGCGUAGUUUGACUUCGAAAAUCGCAAUCAGUUUCGAUUGUCAAACGCUCAAGAGAAGUUUACUAAAUUUCCAACAAAGUCUUAAUAUUUCAAAAAAAAAUUUCCUAAAUAAAAAAAUUGCGCGAAUAAAAAUUAUGCGUUUCCUCAACGUUUUAGCUUUAAUCGUCGCAGUGCUAAUACCGCCCAGCGCCUUAGCUGCCGAUAAGAACUUGGUGUGUUUCUACGAUUCAGCGAGUUAUCUGCGUCAAGGUUUCGCCAAAUUGCUGCCUACAGAUCUUGAACUCGGCCUAAACUUCUGUUCACACCUUAUCUACGGCUAUGCUGGCCUUAAGCCGCAAACACACGAGGUCUACAGUCUCAAUGUCGAUCUUGAUAUGUUUCAUUAUCAUGAGAUUUUGUUGUUGAAGGCGAAAUACCCGAAGAUGAAGGUGUUUCUAAGCGUUGGCGGCGAUCGUGAUGUGGAUGAAGCGAAUCCGCUCAAGUAUCUAGGUCUCUUGGAGAGUGGCAAAGAAGGGCAACAGAAUUUCAUUGAUAGCUCUAUUGCGUUGCUGAAACGUAAUGGUUUUGAUGGCUUAGAUUUGGCCAUACAAUUGCCACGCAACAAACCGCGCAAGGUGCAUGGUGCUGUGGGUUCUUACUGGAAGAAAUUUAAGAAACUCUUCACUGGCGACUUCGUGGUGGAUCCUCUGGCUAGUGAGCAUAAGGAACAGUUUACGGAAUUUUCAAAAAAUUUACGUGAUGCCUUGCUGCGUUCGAAUCUUUCGCUGGCCUUGACCGUUUUGCCAAAUGUCAAUUCGACCUGGUAUUUCGAUGUGCCAAAAAUUAAAAACAAUUUCGAGUUCAUCAAUCUACUAGCCUUCGAUUUCCUCACACCGACUCGCAAUCCUGACGAAGCCGAUUAUACCGCACCAAUCUACCCGCUUACGGAACAAAAUCGUCUACCACACUACAAUAUCGAAUAUCAAGUAGACUACUGGUUGAAUAAUCAAUGUCCCGGAGCUAAGAUCAAUCUCGGCAUUGCCACAUAUGGACGUGCAUGGAAAUUGACACCCGAUUCGGGCUUGUCAGGCGUUCCUGUUGUGGUAGAAACCGAUGGACCCGCACCAGCUGGCCUACAAUCACUAAUACCCGGCCUGCUGAGCUGGCCUGAGAUUUGCGCCAAAAUGCCGAAUAACGUGAAUGCCAACUAUCGUGGUGAGAAUGCGCCGUUACGCAAAGUAACCGAUUUGGAACAGCGCUAUGGCAAUUAUGCCUUGCGGCCGGCAGACGAUAAUGGUGAGCACGGCAUGUGGGUGAGUUACGAUGAUCCGGACUUCGCAGCGAUUAAGGCGAGCUAUGUGCGCACGAAGGGACUGGGCGGUGUGGCGCUUUACGAUUUGAGCUAUGACGACUUUCGCGGCUUGUGCACGGGUCUAAAGUUUCCCAUUCUGCGUGCGAUUAAGCAUUUCUUAUAAGUUUAUGUUAUUAGGCUAAGUUGUAUAUAUGUAAUUCUUUAUUAGUGGUUUUAGAAAAUUUAAUAAAAUACAAAAAACAAA